GCUGCCCUGCAUGUCUGUUUUCUGAAAGCACUCCAAAUCGGCAGCUAAAAAAAUACAUUAGGAGAGAAGGAACUUUGAAAGUGCAAACAACAGCAGGUUUAACUUUCCUAACAGUCAUAAUAUAACUAACAAUACUGGGGAUACAGUAACUCUCAAAAUGGACAAGUUGCGAAAGAGUUCUGGAUUCAGGAGAAAUACCUUGGUUAGGUCUUGGCAACCAGCAACCACACCUCUGGGGCAACCAGCCUCAGCUCCAUCUCUGUCUCUUGGCAGCACCAGACCGAGAUCUGUCUCUGCACAACUGGCUACUCAGGCCUGGGCAGAUGAGCAGGCAGCACUGCAGCAGGACCAGGUACAACAGGAUAAGAUCUGGAGAGAGUCUGUGGAGGCUGAACAGAGGGGAAGAAAAAUCUGGCACCAGAACUGGAGUUUCCUAAAGGACUAUGACCAAAUGGGUAAGAAAAAGGAGCAGAAGCCACUGCCAAACUAUAUGCCUGUGUUCUCAAGUGAAGUUCCCAACUCCACCAACCAGACUAUUGGUAGUCGAAUGAAUACUGAACUUGGCAGGGCUCUGGUAAACAUGGAUUACUUCUUCAGCAGUGGAGCACGAAAGAGGAAACUCGAGGGUGAACUCCAGCCUUCCUAGUGCUUCCAUAAAAAUAUAACAGUAACAAAGCAAGUUGAAUGGUUCUAGCCAAAAGACUCCACAGCAUGUAAGAAAAUUCCUCAGUCUUUUACUCAGAGAGAUCAAUACUACUGCCUAGCAUGGAUUUUCUUUCAAGAGCGUGUCCAACAAUGCCGUAGAAAAUAAUCCUCUUCCUAUUUGGGGUGACCAGGCCAUAUACAGAGAAUUAGGACUACAGAUCUCAUCCAUC